AUGGAUAUUGUUGAUAGUAAUUAUUAGUAGCUUUAAAUUCAAUCGAAAGAAGUUAAUCUUUAACCUCUCGGUAUUAUGUUAAAUAAGGAUGAAAGCAAUUAACUAGAAUAUAAAUCCAGUUAAAAGUAAUAAGUUAAAUAAGAAGAAGUGUAAGAGAGCUAAAAUAUAGAUAAGCAAAAUGUUGGGAGCGAAGAUACAAGUAAUCAGGAAGAAGAAGAAGAUGAUGAUUUCGAUUUUGAUUUCGAAAAAAUUAAGCAAAGAGCUCAAGCUAGAUAAAGUCAUUUGCCUAAAUGGUUUUUAGAGACUGAUAAAUAAUUAACGAGUUAUAACAACAAAGUAAUAGAUGUGUAAAAUAAACUUGAACAUUUAGGGUAAGGACUGAAAGAAUUUGAAGAAAAGAGAAGGGAUCACUAAUAGCAGUUAAAAGAAGAAAGAAGAAGAUAUCUAGCUAAGAAAUAUCAACUUGAAGAUCCAAGUGAAUUUGAAAAAAAUGGAAUUUAAGAUUUGAAGACUAAGUCAUCAUUUUUUUGUUUAAAUCAGCAUAUCUUAAUAAAAAUUCUUGAGUUUGUUAGUUCAGAUCUUGUUUCUGUUUUAUUGAAAAUGAGCAAAGUGUGCAAGAGGUUUUAUUACUUAUCUCGAAAUGACUAAGUUUGGAAAAAUAUUUGUAGAGAACUUUUAGGUCAUCCUUUUGUUGAUCUAAACGAAAAUAAUCAAUAAUUAUUCGAAUAAAAAGCAUAAGAAAUGUUAUAAAUUUAGAGCUAAAAUCUAAUAAAUAAGUAAAAUCAAGUAGUUUUGAAAAGUUAAAAAUCGAAAGAGUUGUAAAAGUAGAAGUCCAACCUUAUUAGUUAAAGAACUUAUUGGAUGACCUUAGCUUAAUAUUUUAUAAAGGAGUUCAAUGUCUUCAAAUAAACUCUUAAACAUUAUCGUAAUUAAAAUUGUCCUUCUGUUGUUUUUGCAAGGUCUGAUAUGAUAAAGGGUCUUAAAUUAGUAAAUGAAAUAUUUUCACUUGUGGCUUUAAAUAUGCACAAAAAUUUUUAAAUUUAUUGUAAGUUAAUGAAUUUUCUGAAGGAUAGCUACAUCAAAGGUGUGUAUUGCCUUUCUUAGCUUGCAUUGAUGGAAGAAGAAAACAUAAGGUAUGAUGCAUUUGAUGCAUUAUUUAGCUUUAUAAGUUUGGAGAAAGGAGAGCUUUCUAAAUUUAGAGUAUUUCAUAGCAUCUCAAAUUUUUUAAAUAAAUGUAAAUUUUCAGAGGAAAAGAAAUUAAAAGUUCUUUUGGCUUCAGAAAUCGCAUAGCUAUAAGAAUAAGAGGAUUAAAUAUUUGACCAACCUUCUCUUCUAUUUACAUCAUUACUUUAUAAUUAAAAAAUAUUAGCAGAUGAUGCUUCUGCUUAUUGUUAUUAUGAUAUCAAUAGUAACUAAAAUGAAAUUUCAUUAAUAAAUGGCAUAAUUUAGUCAAAUUAACUUCAAAAUUUUGUUGGAUUUACAAUCAAGAGAGAUACUAAUUAAUUGUUUGAGCUGCAGGGCUAAAUAUAAUUUAAUGGCGAUCAAUUUGAAGGAUUUGGUACAACAUCUGAUUCUGGGAACUUAGAAAUAAAUGGGAAAAUUAAAUUUACUCAUAACUAAACAUUAAAAAAGAUCUAUGAAGUUUACAAUACUAUCCCAUACUUUGGAAAAGGUGUUUCAAGUUUGACAACCUCUUAUUCGUAAAUUUAAGCUCCAAAAUCCUUCACAAUGUAUGCCUCAUUUUCUUAUAUUUUCGAAUUGAGCUCUUAAAGAGAUUCAAAAAAACUCUUUACAUUAUAUGGAACAUCAGAAAAUUUAAGAGAUAUUUUAGUCAUAAAGAUAUGA